AUGGACCCUUUCAGCGCUUUAAGCAUCGUCGGUACCACUACAGGCCUGGUAACACUCUGCUUCCAACUACUUAACAUCGGAGUAGCCGUGGAAAGGAGUCGACGAGAGCUGCAGCGACAAUUGGAAGAGUACGAUGUGCUCCGCUUGAUUCUUACGGACAGUGGUCGGACAAUUCUCGCCCAUGGUCAGCCGCCAGAGUCUGCUCAAGCAGCUAUGCUGACCUGUGCCAAGCGCCUACGAGAGGUUGAUGAUUCGCUCGGCUCACUGCGGCGCCUCGAUGAGAAGGCAAAAUCUGGAAAACCAUCGCGACGGGCCUUAUUCAUGUUGCUAGUCAAAAGUUCAGCUGAAUCUGACCUCCGGCAACAAGCCUUUACAUCGUUUAGGGAUGCGGUUUUGCUAUUGCGCGAUAUGAGUAGUAUACAAAUGGUGGUGAUGAGACCACGUAGGGAGGAUGUCGCGGGCUUGCAGGUGGACUCUCUCACAAGCCAACUUGCGUCUCGAGAACGCGAUGAAUGGAGUCCUGCUGCGUAUCGCGAAGAGACUGGCCUUGAUCUGGAAGAUCUCACUCGGUCAAAGCCCAAAGAGGACAGUCCUCGACCCCUUUUGCACACUCUUGUGACAUCGGACUACACUUUGGAUGCAACACUUGUCUUUCAAAGUCUUGGUGGCCUGACCUAUGUACCUGUUCGCGGUUUUGUUGAUACCGGCUCUUCAGCGUUCAUCAUCUCGAGCAAGGUCUUAGAGAGAGCUGGAUUCUCCGAAGAAAAAUGGCAGAGGGUAGAUGAAGAGACCUGGCUUCGUGGGCUUGAAGGAGUUCGGUACCGACCGACCCACCAAGUCGAGCUGACAUGGUAUCUUGACCGACGAAGAUAUUCCCGAGUCGACACCUUUUUGGUUGCCAAUGACGACAGAUUCGACAUCUUGUUGCCAAAAUCCUUGGCAUGUCCUGGCGGCGAAGUCGACACUGGCCUUGUCUUGAUGCUGGAGUUGAGAAAGAAGACAGACGCUGAUCAUUCUGGACAGAGGAACGUGAACAAGAGAAAAUCCGCCACGGGGAGAAGGACAGUGAAGGCCAAACAGCCGAAGAGAAGCGGAAACGGCAACGGCGAGAACAAAGAGAAGCCGAACUUCUUGAAGCCUAGCGCUUGA